AUGUCAUGCGACAUCCGCCCAACCAUAACAUCAACAGCAACCCUCUAUAUAAACCCCUACCAGCAACCACCACGCUGUCCCUGCCGCCCCUCCUCCUCCUCCUCGUACCACCGCUCCUCCUCCUCAACACCAUCCAACGCCCGCCCCUGUCCCUCCCAUGCCUGCUGCAGCCUCAACCUCAUCCUCUACCGCUGCCCAGCCUACUGCCGCCAACCGAUAGACUACCACCAAUACACCGAGUGCACCAUGCAAAAUCACUACCCGGUGCACACCUCCCGCACCGCCUACUCGUAUUCAUAUUCCUACACAAACGACCACACAUACCCCUAUUCAUCGCACUAUCCCUCCACCUCGCCUCCUCGCUGGCGCACAAUCCGCAUCUUUGACCGGAACCCCGACUUCCACGCCCUCGAAUCCGCCGACUUCCGCUUCGCGAUUUCGGAAUUGGUCGACAUAGGCGGGAUCCUCCUCCACGCAGACUCUGAAUUCGAAAAAGCGCGGCUGAGACGAGACCACGAACGUCGUCGUCAUGAUACCUCGCACGGAAGGUCCUGUGAGCGCCAGCGGGAGUGUGCCUGGACGCAACGCAUUGCAGAGAUGGCGCUCGAGGCGGACGAUAUUGAGUUCAGCUCCGAGGUGCUGGCGGAUUGCUGGGUCAAGUACGUCGGGUUGUUGAGGAAGUAUGAGGGGCUGGGGCAGAGGCGCGUAAGCGGUCUCAUCGAGGAUCGCGGGCGGGGGCGGCGGAAGGCGACGGGUGAGUCGCGAGGUGUCGAGGUUGAGGUUGAGGUUCCUAGGGCUGAUAAGGGGAAGCCGUUUCGGUAUGUUUCGCGUGAGACUUGGGUUCGGGAGAAGCGGGUUCCUGAGGAGAGGAAGCGGGAUCGGGAGUGCUGUCGGGAGUACAAGACGUAUAGACCGGAGGCAAAUACGAGACGACGGAGUUCGGUGAGGUUUGCGGAUGAGGUU